GAUCAAGACUUUCCAAUCGCCACCCCAGACGUUUCUCGUUUCCCCCCUCCCCCUCCGUUUCCCCUGAGCCCUCUAUUCCCCCUCAAAUCUCGCGCCCCCCACGACCCCCAUCCCCUUCUCUCUGUUCCUCUCUCACAAUAUCGAGCUAUUUAUUUCUAGGGUUUCGAGAGCCGGCGGAGAAGCCGAGAGGCCCGCUGCUCGUAGGGUUUUACGCGGUGGUGGAGCUCUGCGCCUGGAUUCUUGGUUGUGAUAAUCUAUUUGACUGGUAGUUGCGACGGGGGAGAUUCUUUAACGUUAGCUGGGGCGGUGGAGUUUGAUGCUUUGAUGCGACUGCGGCGGAUGACAUGGCGAGCAACGGUUUGGCUGUCGGUUUAGAUGAUUGCGAGGUGGUUAAAGGUGAGGGCUUGGCGAAGAAGGGUCCGGUAGUUAAUUUGGAAACAGCAAGGGAGGUAGGGGUGAAGGAGGGAACGGGUGGUUCUUCUCGUUUAGAUGAGGUUGGAUAUUAUUCGGCCAAUUUGUUGCAUUCAAGUGUUUCUGGAUCGAGGGUGUCGGCCUCCUGCAAUUAUUUGGAUUUGGAUGUUUCUGGAUUGAAGGAGCCGAGCUCCGAGUCAGUGCCUGAUUCAGGCUUGGAGCAUUGUAGUUCUGCACCAGUGCGAUCUAAUAGUAGUAGUAUUCUAGUUAAAGGUCCAGAGCUUUCUUUUCCUAGAUCAAAGAUGGGAAAAAAGGAAACCCAAAGUAUGACUUGAAAUUGGACAGAUUAUCAGAAAAUGAAAAGAAAAAGAUCAUUGAGAACCUCGUGAAGAUCCAGAAUGAUGGUACAGUGGAGGUGGAUGUCGCUCGUAGUGCGCCUGUAGCAUCAGAGCUACUGGAGCUUGAUGCUGUAGAUGCUACACCAACAGAUGUUGAGAAUACGGUCUUUGAAUUCAGCAAGCCGGUCCCAAAAUUGAAGAUCGCAAUGCUUGUCGUUGGAACAAGAGGAGAUGUUCAGCCUUUUAUAGCUUUUGCAAAGAGACUUCAGGAGUUUGGUCAUCGUGUUCGAUUGGCAACUCAUGUUAAUUUCCGUAAUUUUGUGAAGUCGGCUGGUGUUGACUUUUACCCUUUGGGUGGUGAUCCUCGAAUCAUGGCUGGAUAUAUGGCAAGAAACAAGGGUUUCCUACUAGCUGGACCAGCAGAAAUAUCUAUACAGCGGAAACAGCUGAAGGAAAUUAUAAAUUCUCUCCUUCCAGCAUGUACAGAACCUGAUUUGGAUUCUGGGGCACCUUUUAAAGCUCAAGCAAUUAUUGCAAAUCCUCCUGCUUAUGGACAUGCACAUGUUGCUGAAGCUCUUGGUGUUCCUCUCCACAUCUUCUUUACAAUGCCUUGGACGCCAACAAAUGAAUUUCCACAUCCAUUGGCACGUGUGCCUCAAAGUGCAGCAUAUAAGCUAUCAUAUAUUAUUGUGGAUUUGAUAGUAUGGUGGGGCAUUAGGGGAUUCAUCAAUGACUUUAGAAAAAGGAAGUUGAAGUUGCCUCCUAUCGCUUACUUCAGUACAUAUCAUGGAUCCAUAUCACAUUUGCCAACAGGAUACAUGUGGAGCCCCUCCAUUGUGCCAAAACCAAGUGAUUGGGGUAUCUCAGUGGAUGUUGUUGGUUUUUGUUUCUUGAACCUUGGUACAAAGUAUCAACCACCAAAGGAGUUCACACAAUGGAUUGAACGGGGACCAAAGCCUAUAUAUAUAGGGUUUGGUAGCAUGCCUCUUGAAGACUCCAAGAAGAUAACAUCUAUUAUUCUGGAGGCGCUGAAAGAAACAGGACAAAGGGGCAUUAUUGACCGCGGAUGGGGAGAUCUUGGUAGCGUUUUUGAAGUUCCUGUGGAUGUGUAUCUUGUUGAGGAUUGCCCUCAUGACUGGUUGUUCCCUCGGUGUGCUGCAGUGGUUCAUCAUGGUGGAGCUGGUACGACAGCUACAGGUUUAAGGGCUGGGUGUCCAACCACCAUUGUGCCUUUCUUCGGGGACCAGUUUUUCUGGGGUGAUAGGAUUUAUACAAAAGAAGUGGGACCUGCACCAAUUCCCAUAGCUGAGCUUAAUGUUGAAUGCCUUUCAAAUGCCAUAAGAUUUAUGUUGGAGCCAGAGGUUAAAUUGCGGGCUUUGGAAUUAGCGAAACAAAUAGAGAAUGAAGAUGGUGUGGUGGCUGCAGUGAAUGCAUUCCACCGCCAUUUGCCUCCAGAGAUACCAGUCCCUCCCGCAACCACAGAUGAACCUCCAAACCUGCUCGAAUGGCUGCUGCAGUUAAUUGAGAAGUGGUGUUGUCUUCCAUGCACCUCAUAGCCCCAGCAUCUCUAGAUCACCGGUGUGAAUAGAAUUUGUUUGUUAUUCUUGGCCAUCUGUAGUCAUUAUUUAUUAUAAUCUCAUUGGUUUUUUUUACUUGUGAAUAUGAGGAAUAAAAAGGUGAUCAUAUUGUUUUGAUAGUCUUCUACAAUUGGGUGAGUGGGGCAGAUUUUUUGUAGGAUCCAGCAGAAUAGCAUUUUUUCGCGUACGAUAUCCGCAAGGAAAGUAUGUUAGCAUUACUUUGGAGUGCUCUUUCU